CUCUCUUCACACUUCCAAACCCCCAAAAAAAAACCCCCACACACAGUCUCUCUCUCUCUCUCUCUCUCUCUCUCUCUCUCUCUCUCUCUCUCUCCAAGUGCACUUUAACGGCUGGAAAUGAAGAAUAUAUGCCCGUGAUUAACCUAUACAUGGAGGAGAAAGUACAAGACCUAAAGAACGAAAAUCAACCGAUGAUGGCAAAUUCGACAUUUUCCGAUCAGAUUCCGACCAGUUUUGCUUUUCCUGGCAUCUUCGACAUGCCAUGUGAUUUCAAUGAAAAGGGCUCUUUUGAUUUAGGCUUCAUGGACAUUCUGGGUUUCCAAGAUUACUACUGCACCACUAGUAAUAGUACUCCAUCUUCUUUAUUCGAUUUGAUACAAACGCCGCCAGUGAUUCCCUCCCCGGCUUCCACGUCGGAGGUGGUGAAUACUCCGGCGACUCCCAAUUCUACGUCGAUCUCUUCGUCAUCGACCGAAGCAGCAAAUGAUCAUGAUCAUCAGAUUAAAGCAACAAAAGUGGAACAAGAUGAAGAAGGAGAACAAGAGAAGAGUAAGAAAGAGCUGUUGAAACCCAAAAAGAAGAACCAAAAAAGGCAAAGGGAGCCGAGAUUUGCGUUCAUGACAAAGAGUGAAGUUGAUCACUUGGAUGAUGGGUUCAGAUGGAGGAAGUACGGCCAAAAAGCUGUGAAAAACAGCCCUUUUCCAAGGAGCUACUACCGUUGCACUACACCUGCAUGUGGCGUGAAGAAGAGAGUGGAGAGAUCUUCCGACGAUCCCUCGAUCGUCGUCACCACUUACGAGGGCACGCACACCCACCCGUGCCCCCUGAUGCCGCGCGGAAGCAUCGGAAUUAUGCCGGAAACUGCUGCUUUUGGAGGCGGCGGCGUUGGUGGUGGGGCUUCUUCUUUUAUAUUUCCACCACCUCACUAUCUGCAGCAGCCACCCUAUUUUCAGAACCCAACAGGGCCAACACCCACCACAAGUUUGAGCUUUAGCACUACUACUACUACUACUACUAGUUCCUCAUCAUUUCCAACUUUUUUUCAAGAUAGACGGUUUUGCCCCUCUUCAUCUGAUUCUUUGCUAAGAGAUCAUGGACUCCUUCAAGACGUGAUUGUACCUUCACGUGUGCGGAAGGAGCUGAAAGAGGAGUGGAAGGAGUGACUUUUUUUAUCCGGUAUGUACGUAGCUAGAGUUGUCUGACUGACUUUUCUUGAUAAGGUUGAGGGUCUCUCUCUCUCUCUCUCUCUCUCUCUCUCUGAUUGUCGUUGUAAAAUGAAGGCCCUUAAAAUUAGGUAUGGAGGACUAGCUAUUUUUCUACUACUUUGUUUCUUAACUUAAUUUUGUUAUUCUUUGUACCUAGCUAGAGAUCUUUUGUAGUUAUGGGAUUUUGGGUCUUAUAUCUUCUCUUUCUGGUUAAUUUUCAGUGUGUCAAA